AAUAGUAACAUAUUAUAUGUAUUUAGGGUGAAAACGGUCUUCCAGGUGAAAAUGGAGCCCCUGGACCCAUGGGUCCAAGAGGGACUCCUGGAGAGAGAGGCCGGCCAGGACUUCCUGGAGCUGCGGGGGCUCGAGGCAAUGAUGGUGCUCGAGGUAGCGAUGGUCAACCAGGCCCCCCUGGUCCUCCUGGAACUGCAGGAUUCCCUGGAUCCCCUGGUGCUAAGGGUGAAGUUGGACCUGCAGGGUCUCCUGGUUCAAGUGGCUCCCCUGGACCAAGAGGAGAACCUGGACCUCAGGGACAUGCUGGUGCUCAAGGUCCUCCUACCAAGUGGCCCUCCUGGGAGCAAUGGAAGUCCUGGUGGCAAAGGUGAAAUGGGUCCCGCUGGCAUUCCUGGAGCUCCUGGACUGAUGGGAGCCCGGGGUCCUCCAGGACCAGCUGGUACUAAUGGUGCUCCUGGACUGCGAGGUAGUGCAGGUGAACCUGGUAAGAAUGGUGCCAAAGGAGAUCCAGGACCACGCGGUGAACGUGGUGAAGCUGGUUCUCCAGGUAUUCCAGGAGCUAAGGGUGAAGAUGGCAAAGAUGGAUCACCUGGAGAACCUGGUGCAAAUGGACUUCCAGGAGCUGCAGGAGAAAGGGGUGCCCCUGGAUUCCGAGGACCUGCUGGACCAAAUGGCAUUCCAGGAGAAAAGGGUGCCCCUGGCGAGCGUGGUGGUCCAGGCCCUGCAGGGCCUAGAGGAGCAGCUGGAGAACCUGGCCGAGAUGGUGCCCCUGGAGGUCCAGGAAUAAGGGGUGUGCCCGGAAGCCCAGGAGGACCAGGCAGUGAUGGGAAACCAGGACCUCCCGGAAGUCAAGGGGAAAGUGGUCGACCAGGUCCUCCAGGACCAUCUGGUCCCCGAGGUCAGCCUGGUGUCAUGGGGUUCCCUGGUCCUAAAGGAAAUGAUGGUGCUCCUGGCAAGAAUGGAGAACGAGGUGGCCCUGGAGGACCCGGCCCUCAGGGUCCUGCUGGAAAGAAUGGUGAAACUGGACCUCAGGGUCCUCCCGGACCUACAGGACCAUCUGGUGACAAAGGAGACACAGGACCCCCUGGUCCACAGGGAUUACAAGGCUUGCCUGGUACUGGUGGUCCUCCAGGAGAAAAUGGAAAGCCUGGUGAACCAGGUCCAAAGGGUGAUGCUGGUUCUCCCGGAGCUCCAGGAGGCAAGGGUGAUGCUGGUGCCCCUGGUGAACGUGGACCUCCUGGACUGGCAGGGUCCCCAGGACUUAGAGGUGGAGCUGGUCCCCCUGGUCCCGAAGGAGGAAAGGGCCCUGCUGGUCCCCCUGGGCCACCUGGUACUGCUGGUAGUCCUGGUCUGCAAGGGAUGCCUGGAGAAAGGGGAGGUCCUGGAGGUCCUGGUCCAAAGGGUGAUAAGGGUGAGCCAGGCAGUGCGGGUGUUGAUGGUGUUCCUGGGAAGGAUGGCCCAAGGGGUCCUGCUGGUCCCAUUGGUCCUCCUGGCCCAGCAGGCCAGCCUGGAGAUAAGGGUGAAGGUGGUGCACCUGGAGCUCCAGGUAUAGCUGGACCUCGUGGUGGCCCUGGACAGAAUGGAGAGCCUGGUGCUAAGGGGGAGAGAGGGGCUCCAGGUGAGAAAGGGGAAGGAGGCCCUCCUGGAAUUGCAGGACCCCCUGGAGGUUCUGGGGUGCUGCUGGCUUCCCUGGUGCUCGUGGUCUUCCUGGUCCUCCUGGUAAUAAUGGUAACCCAGGCCCCCCAGGCCCCAGUGGUCCUUCAGGCAAGGAUGGACCUCCGGGUCCUGCAGGUAGCAGUGGUGCUCCUGGCAGCCCUGGAGUGUCUGGACCAAAAGGUGAUGCUGGCCAACCAGGAGAGAAGGGAUCACCCGGCGCCCAAGGCCCUCCAGGAGCUCCAGGCCCACUCGGACUUGCAGGGAUUACAGGAGCACGGGGUCUUGCAGGACCACCAGGAAUGCCAGGCCCCAGGGGAAGCCCUGGCCCUCAGGGUAUCAAG